AGCUGUUAUUACAGGAUGUUUUCCGGGUCAGGAGUGGGUUUAAUCGGUUCAGCCUGGCUCGCUUUCGCUGCGGUUUUUCUAUUUUGUGUGAUCUUUCACAAUGUGUGGACAGGUUUCGGGAUGUUCGCGGUUUUAUUUCAGGAUUUCAUACGUUAUGGUAAAAGUAAGCAGUAUUUCUUCCAGCGGCCGCCUUGGCUGCAGCACCUGGAUCUCCCGAAGAGGUGGUUUGCUCAUUUCUAUGUGGUUUCAGUGAUCUGGAAUGCUCUUCUACUUGGAAUUACUUGUCGAAGUCUCUUUUUGGGCUACCCAUUCCCAACCUGGCUUCAAAGGCUGCUCAGCUUGCUUUGUGGAAAUGUAUUGCACUUAACCUCUGGUGAUGAACUGUCCAUUCUGUUGGUUCAAAUGAUGUUGUGUAUGCAGGCUGUUCGACGUCUUAUAGAAUGCCUCUUUACCUCUGUGUUUUCAAAUGGAGUUGUUCACCCCAUACAAUAUUGCUGGGGUUUGGUUUAUUAUGUGCUUGUUGGUUUAACGGUGCAUUGUGAAGGACCCGUUCUUGGGACCAAAGUGUACACUAUUCGAGACCUGCUUGCACAAGGGAAGUGGUACCAUGCAGCUGGAGUAAUGCUGUUUUUCUGGGCGACAGUUCACCACCACAAGAGUCAUGUGAUACUGGCCAAUCUUAGGAAGAACAAAUUGGGUGAAGUGAUUAACUUCAGGCAUAGCAUCCCCUAUGGUGACUGGUUUGAUGUAGUUUCCUGCCCACAUUACUUGGCUGAACUGCUGAUCUACCUUGCUAUAAGUGUGACCUUUGAAGGACGACACCUUACUUGGUGGUGUGUUGUGUUGUAUGUGUUGUUUAGCCAUGCAAUGAUGGCCAUUUUAUGCCAUGAAUUCUAUGUGAAAAAGUUUGACACAUACCCAAAAAAUCGGAAAGCAUUAAUACCUUUUAUAUAUUAAUACUAUUUUCAUAUACAGUACUAUAGUUUACAUAUUUUGAUGCAUCUCCUGUUAUUGUAUUGUAUUUGAUGAUAUGAAAUUCACUGAAGUCAGCUUAAAACUCAUCGUACGUUCUUUCUGUCAGUUAAUCCUUUACUGAAAUAGAACUUUGUCAUUGAUGAAUUGGAUUUUUUUUAAAUGCCUGAAUUUGUGCAAUAGUGGACUUUAAGGAAAAUAUUGCUAUAAUUGACAAGCUAAACUUUCAUAUGAAGGCAAGUCUUCAAAAGAAGUAGUUUUAAAAGAGCUUUUCAUUGCAUUAAGAUUUUUUCAGUUGAGCCUUAGUGUUAGAGGCCCCAGUAGCUCUCUUGCUUUUCUUAACUAUGAUGUUGUUACCAAACAAAAGUGUGGAAUGAGAACAGACCAUUCAGUUCCAUCAACAGCCUUCUUCUCAGAUCAUACAUAUAUGAUCUUCCAGAUCAUAUACAGUUUUGCUGUAAUUCUGUACAAUGUAUAUUUUUGUAAUAUCUAUAAUGAUUACAGCAAUGCAAUUAUCAGUGCAUGAUGACAGUAUGUUGUCUAAAUGCUCCAAAUAGUUUUUGUAUAACAAUGUCUGUACUAUGAUUGUGACUUAAUGACUAAAUGUUUAUGAUAAUUAUAGCUGCAUUGCUAUAAAAUAAAUAUAUUAAAACUCUCA